GAGAGUCGCGGCUAGGUCGUAGUCGUGCUCUCGUUUUGCAAUUCACGUUUCCUUCUUCUUUGUCUUCUUCAAUCCUCAUACUCUCUUCUCUCUCUGGUUCUCUUUCUCACUCUUACGUUUUGUAUCUUCACGGGUUUCUCUCACACUCCGUUAAUUAACAUCAAGCGUUUUGCAUUCUCACCAUCUUUAAACGCAUUCCUCUGUUUCUCGUCUUCUCACAAUUAUUAGUUCCUUUGUUUUGCAGCAAUCUCCAGCAACAUGAACUCCAUGGUUGCUAACUGCUGAUUGUUGUGAGUGUUUGUUUUAUUUUAUUGGGUUUGUUCUGAAGUCUCUAUUUGAGAAACAGAACAUUUUGAAGUCUUCCAAUGACGAGUUUGUCUGGAGUCAGAAGUCAACGAAAAAACUCAAAACCUCUGUCUCCAGGAGAUAUGGAUUACAUAGAAUCCAAAACAAAGAGCAAUCUUAUGGGAAAGCUUCUCUUACUAGCUUCACUUAUAAUCUUAGCCUUUAUUGUGAUCAAUAAAGCUUCAAGUUUCACAUCCCCAAGCGUGUUCUCUCGAAGAGAGGAAGGAGUGACUCAUGUGUUAGUCACUGGUGGAGCUGGCUAUAUCGGUUCACAUGCGGCUUUAAGGCUGCUUAAAGAUAAAUACCGCGUAACCAUUGUGGACAACCUUUCCCGUGGGAACCUUGGUGCGGUUAAGGUUUUACAGCGACUGUUCCCACAAACUGGAAGACUCCAAUUCAUUUAUGCUGAUUUAGGAGAUCCCGCAGCUGUGGAGAAAAUAUUCUCAGAGAAUGCCUUUGACGCUGUGAUGCAUUUUGCUGCCGUAGCUUAUGUUGGAGAAAGCACUCUUUAUCCUCUAAAAUAUUACCAUAACAUUACAUCAAACACAUUAGGAGUUCUUGAAGCUAUGGCUAGACAUAAAUUGAAGAAACUGAUAUAUUCUAGUACUUGUGCUACUUAUGGAGAGCCUGAAAAAAUGCCGAUUACUGAAGAUACCCCGCAGGUUCCGAUUAAUCCUUACGGGAAAGCUAAAAAGAUGGCAGAGGACAUGAUCUUGGAUUUCUCUAAGAACUCUGACAUGGCUGUUAUGAUCUUGAGAUACUUCAAUGUGAUUGGUUCAGAUCCAGGAGGUAGAUUAGGAGAAGCUCCAAGACCCGAACUUCGUGACCAGGGACGUAUCUCCGGUGCUUGUUUUGAUGCCGCUCGCGGUUUCAUUCCCGGACUGCAAGUGAAAGGAACAGACUACAAAACAUCAGACGGGACUUGCAUUAGAGAUUAUAUAGAUGUUACUGACCUCGUGGAUGCUCACGUAAAGGCUCUUGAGAAAGCUCAGCCUCAUAAAGUCGGUAUCUACAACGUUGGAACCGGAAAAGGAAGAUCAGUUAAGGAAUUUGUGGAGGCGUGUAAGAAGGCGACAGGAGUUGAGAUUAAAGUAGAUUUACUGCCCCGACGGCCAGGAGAUUACGCAGAGGUUUAUAGUGAUCCAACAAAGAUUUUGAGAGAUUUGAAUUGGACUGCUCGAUUCACUAAUCUUCAGGAUAGUCUUCAAGUUGCUUGGAGGUGGCAAAAGAUUCAUCCUCAUGGAUAUGCUUCUUCUUAAAACAGAGGAAAUAACAAUACCUUAGUUUGUUAUUGUUUUAUAUUUUCAUUUCAUGAAUUUACAUAUUGUUUCGAAGGCUUCUAUAGCUUAUGUGGAGAAAAUAUAUUGUGCCUGGUUAUGUACUUACUAGUGGAACUGUGGAAGAUAGGCGUGGAACGCCGAGUCCGUUCGUGGAUCUAUACAACUAAGAAAACUCACUUGUUUGUUUA